AUAUCAGGCUGCGGGUCCAUCAGGCUGGUGGGUUCUGGGGGAGACUGUGCAGGGAGGCUGGAGGUUUUUCACAGCGGCUCAUGGGGGACAGUUUGUGACGACUCCUGGGAUAUUAAAGAUGCCCAUGUGGUGUGCAGACAGCUGCAGUGUGGAGUGGCCCUCAGUAACCAGCAGGUACCAGCCUGGUUUGGUCCUGGUUUUGGACCCAUAUGGCUGGAUGAGGUGGAGUGUGAGGGGAAUGAGACGUCCCUGUGGAGCUGCUAUUCUCCAGGCUGGGGGAAACAUGACUGUGGACACAAGGAGGAUGUAGGAGUCAUCUGCUCUGAGUUUAAAGAGAUCAGGUUAACUGAGGGCUGUGAAGGGAAUGUGGAGGUUUUCUACAAUGGAUCCUGGGGAAAUGUGUGCUGGAAUCAGAUGGAAAUAGACACAGUGAGUCUGAUCUGUCAAGAGCUGAACUGUGGAAGAUCUGGUGUUUUGUCUGAUUCAACAUCAAGGCUUAAAUCAGCUCCUAACUGGUUGGAUAAAGUAACAUGUCGACCACAUGAUUCAAAUCUGUGGCAGUGUCCAUCUUUACCCUGGGGACAAAAUAUCUGCAAUGAUGAAUAUGAAGUGGCCAAAAUCAGCUGCUCAGGUAGGAUGAUAGUUCAAUAA